AUGACGGAUCUCGGGAAAGUGUACAUGCAAAUUUGGCAGCUCUUAUACCCGGAUCCCCAGGUGACUAUUGCCGUACGACCAUGCUGGAUCAACGAGUUCGGUUUCGAUGCCAUUAGACAGCUCCGACGUCGCAUUGCCGACGCCGGACUUGGCCCGACGCCCCGCGUUCUCAACUCGACCUCUCCCCGGAUCCACAUUCAUGGGGGCGGGCGGUACGACUCGGAUACUGAAUACGAGAAAUCAAUUCAUCUCGCACAUCAAAUUUCGCUGAAAGUUUUGAUCAUGGAGUCAUUCAUAAAAUCCAGGGAAACCCGACCUCAACUCCUUCAGAGCCUCUUAGCCGCUCUUCCUCCACUCGACAAGUCCCUCGAAGAGUUCCGCGACGUCGCAACUCUCUCAGAUGGCUACAAAAUUGAUCUUCAAAUUGUCCGCCCGCGCGGCGUAGACGAGUCGAACGCGGACCGGCCUCUCAUUCUGCUCUGGCCAGGCGGUGGUUUCAUCGUUGCCGGCGUCGAGCCGACGACCCGGCCCGCGCGGGAAUUUGCGCUUGAGUUCGGCGCUGUGGUGGUCAACGCGACUUACCGUCUCGCGCCUGAAAAUAAGUUUCCCAGGUCUGUCAAGGACGGUUGGGAGACUGCUGUAUGGCUAUCGAAGAAUGCUGGUCGAUUCGGCGCGGAUCUUAGCAAGGGCUUUGUUGUUGGCGGGUGGUCUGCUGGUGCGAACAUUGCUUCGGUUGUCAGCCAGAGGUCUGGUGUCGAGGGGCUGGGGAUCACUGGCACGCUUCUGGGUAUUCCGUUCCUGCUUGUCAAGGAGAUUGUGCCGGAGAAAUACGCCAAGGAGUGGGUUUCUCGAGAGACCAACGCUGAAUGGAGCCCGACCUUUACUACCGCUGUUAUCAACGAUGUGUCGAAGGCGUUGCAGGCGGAGAUCAAGUCGCCAUGGUACUCGCCUUUCAACGAUCCUGAGGCCAUCCCUAAAUCACCGAAGGCUUAUAUUCAGGUUGGCGAUCGAGACCCGUUGAGGGAUGAUGGGUUGAUUUAUGCCAAAGUUUUGAAGGACAAUGGGAUUGAGUCAAGAGUUGAUAACUAUCCUGACUGGGGACACCAAGGCUGGACUAUCUUUGCUCCCCAAGACCAGCCUGCGGAGCUAGGGCCGAAUACGAUGAAGGGAAUGAGGUGGCUUUUGGGGAAGGAGUAG